UUCUUACUGAUCGGUUUCGCCUUCAGUCGCUUACCGGGUUUGAACGGGGUUGGAUGUUACGUAUUUUAUUUACUAUUUCUGAAAAGUAAUUUUUUGUGAGAUAUCAAUGAAGUUUGGAGUGAAGAUUCUAGUUUUGGUACUGGUUGGCACAGUUGGAAGCGUUCUAACUCAAGAACCGAACGGUGGUCCACCCCAUCCAGACAGUUUUGGCGCGCCCGAUUUCAGUUUUGGAGAUGGCGAUUUCACUAUCAAUUAUUUCAAGGCUCUGUACAGUCCAGAGAUCAAUACAGCAGUAUCGCCGAUAGCUUUGAGACUUCCAAUGGCAGUUUUCUAUGAGGCUGCUGGAUCCUCGUUGGAUCACGUCGUACAAAAAUCCUUCUAUCUGCCGGAUUCGAAAUUGGAAACCACCAAUAAUGCGAUAAAAUUCGUACAAGAAAUUCAUGAAAAUAAGUAUCUGACCAUGAGUUACAAACUAUUGAAAGAUAAGCGUCCUUUUAGUGAACACUUUAACUCAUCUGUGGCGAAAGUGCUGGGCUUAGUUCCGGAGGAAGUCUCGUUUAGUCGAUCCUCGCCUAUUGUAAAAUCCGUCAAUGCAUGGGCCAGUUUUAUUUCUAAAGGAAAAAUCGCAGACUUUUUCCUAGAUCAACUUCCUAGUAACGUUACAGAAAUGUUUUUGGGUAACACUGUAACGCUGGAAGCUCGAUGGGCCGAAAUGUUUCCUCUGGCCAACACCGAUCAGCGAAAGUUUAACUACCGCACUGGACCACGUGAUACUGCUAUGAUGCGGGAAAGCAUAGAAGUGUUGCACAGUUCCGUCGAAAAUUACCAAGCGAUCCAGAUUCCGUUCAGCGAGGACAGUGAUUUGGCCAUGUGGAUCCUUCUGCCUGGUGAGGGGAAAACCAUCAGAAAUCUAGUAGAAAAUUUGAGCUCCGAAAUGCUUUACGAGAUUGAAACUACUGCCAUGCCAAAGUUGGUUGACAUUACGUUGCCCCGGUUUGAAAUCCAGUCGUUGCACCGGAUGGAAGAUGUACUCACUCGGAUGGGCCAUGGGGAACUGUUUGAGCUGCAGGAUUUCGAGAUCUUCCAGGGUCGCAAAUCGAUGCUUCCUGACUUGCGGCAGCAUAGUUAUCUCAAAAUUAACGAAGACGGUACCGGAGUUCCUGAUAGUAUGGCUUCUACCAUCUACCGCCGAUCGGACAAUAUUGCCUUCAAUGCGGAUGAACCUUUUGUUUUUAUUAUCAAAAAAAUCACUUCCGAUGUCAUUGUGUUUAUUGGACACUAUUCCAAUUAGAUUUACAUUAAUUUUAAAUUCUUAAUGAUAUAAGCAAAUAUUAGCAAAUAAAACAAAACUUGCAGUUUUGGCUAACUUUUUAUGGUCA